AUGGCUUUCCGAGAGGAGAGAUAUGUGAGGUUUCAUGACUGGAGGUCAGAGUAUUCUGUCGGUUCAGAUAAGAUAGUUUCAGAAGGAAGGCAUACUGCAUUUGACUCACUAAAGGAUAAGACUCUAGGAGCCUUCUCAUUCUUAGGGAACAGUUCACGCCCUGAAACCCUGAACAAAUCAACACCAGAGGAAAGGAAGGCCAAAACAAGAGUUCUUGAUCCUCAAGGGCCAUUUUUGCAAAGAUGGAACAAGAUAUUUGUGAUAUCAUGUCUAAUUGCAGUUUCUGUGGACCCACUAUUCUUUUAUAUCCCAGUGAUCGAUGGUGUCAAGAACUGCCUAUAUCUGGACAAAAAGUUGGCAACCAUUGCAAGUAUCCUGCGCUUCUUCACAGACAUCUUCUAUUUGCUCCAUAUAAUAUUUCAGUUCAGAACAGGAUUUGUUGCUCCUUCCAGAGUAUUUGGUCGAGGUGUCUUGGUUGAAGACACCUUUGCAAUAGCAAAGCGGUAUCUAACUACAUACUUUCUGAUUGAUUUUUUAGCUGUUAUGCCCCUCCCUCAGGUUUUUGUAUUGUUAGUGCUACCCCAUCUCAAAGAUUCCAAGGUUAUGGAGGCAAAAGAUAUACUGAUGGUUAUUGUUACAUGUCAGUACGUGCCUCGGCUCGUUCGAAUAAUACCACUCUACCUUCAAAUCACAAGGUCGGCUGGCAUAAUUACAGAGACCGCAUGGGCUGGUGCUGCUUUUAACCUUUUAAUUUAUAUGCUCGCUAGCCAUGUGUUUGGAGCCCUUUGGUACCUUCUUUCCAUUCAGCGAGAAGAUACCUGCUGGAGAAAAGAAUGUGGCAAGAUAAACUGUAACUUUGCAUCUUUAUAUUGCGGGAGUAAUACAGCUAGAGACAAUAUUUUCCUGCAAAAUGUCUGUCUGACAAAUGGCAGCGACGAUAUAGACCCAACCUUUGGAAUUUACCUACCGGCUCUCCGAACUGUUUCACAAUCGACGAGUUUCUUUGAGAAAUUUUUCUAUUGCUUUUGGUGGGGUCUGCAAAGUCUAAGCUCUCUUGGUCAAAAUCUGAAAACAAGCACUUACACAUGGGAGAAUUUGUUUGCUGUUUUUGUCUCGAUAUCGGGUUUAGUCUUAUUUGCCCUUCUUAUUGGUAAUGUGCAGACAUAUUUACAAUCAGCCUCUGUGCGGAUAGAAGAAAUGAGAGUGAAAAGACGUGACACAGAGCAAUGGAUGGCACAUCGAUUACUUCCUGAGAACCUCAAGGGGCGAAUAUUGCGUCAUGAGCAAUACAGAUGGCAGGAAACAAGAGGGGUUGAUGAAGAGGGCCUUCUUAUGAAUCUUCCCAAGGAUCUUAGGAGGGAGAUAAAACGACAUCUUUGUCUAUCACUUCUCAUGAGGGUUCCAAUGUUUGAAAACAUGGACGAGCAGCUCCUGGAUGCAAUGUGUGAUCGUCUAAAGCCCAUGCUGUACACUGAGGACAGCUGCAUAAUUCGAGAAGGAGACCCCGUGAAUGAAAUGCUUUUUGUUAUGAGAGGAUAUCUCGAGAGUAUGACGACAAAUGGUGGACAGAGCGGAUUCUUCAACUCCAAUGUUCUCAAAGGUGGAGACUUCUGCGGUGAAGAGCUCCUCACUUGGGCUCUUGACCCCGCUGCAGUUUCAAACCUUCCCAGCUCAACCAGAACAGUGAAGACAUUGUCUGAAGUUGAAGCCUUUGUUCUGAGGGCUGAUGACUUGAAGUUUGUAGCCACCCAGUUUAGGAAACUCCAUAGCAAACAGCUCCAGCAUACCUUUAGAUUCUACUCACAACAGUGGAGAACCUGGGCCGCUUGUUUUAUACAGGCAGCUUGGCACAGAUAUUGCAGAAAGAAGCUAGAGGAUUCUUUGUUUGAGAAGGAGAAGAGGUUACAAGCAGCUAUUGUAAGUGACGACUCUACCAAGCUCAGUCUGGGCGCGGCACUGUACGCCUCGCGUUUUGCUGGCAACAUGAUGCGGAUCUUACGGAGAAAUGCUACCCGAAAGGCCCGUUUGCAGGACAGGGUGCCUGCAAGGUUGUUACAGAAGCCGGCAGAACCCAACUUUUUUGCCAUUGGAGAGUAA